AUGGCUGAAACCGAUCUUUCUUCCCGGGACCCGGUCAUCGCAAGUCCAUUUCGUACUGCUUUCAUUCAGUCUGCCGAAUCUUUCAGUACAGUCCCCAGCGAGUACAUAUUAGACGAGGAGACCAAACAAGCAAUGCUUGCUCAACACACAUCGAAGAAUGUCGAUGUCAGCUAUUUGACAGGAGUCGCUCAGGCAGAUGAGCCUGAAAGUGAGGAAAACAAUUUUGACGAUAGAGUGAGACCUUACUUAGUCAGCUAUCAAUACUUUGUUAGUUACCCUAAUCUGGUAAACGUUCCCGAGUCGCAUGAACUUGCAGGUAGUCGAUAUGUUGUGAAUCCAACGAGAAGUUAUGCUUUUUGUAAAGAAGAUUCACGCAUCUCAGCAGCCGAGAUGCACGACCUCGAAACAUAUUGGAAAGACGUAAUCGACACCGAGAGCUCCAAGAGCGUUCUUGAUCACGAGGCUUGGAAGAGCAUCGUCAAUACCGAAUUGCAGUCUAUUCCCGGUGAAUCAAUCGCAAAGCUUCUCACUAGAGGGGCAGCCUGGUCAUUGAGCAAUGAUCGAAUUCGUAUGAAAUCUUGGGUCAAUAAUCAGAUUGAUGAUAAGUUUCCGGAACAUAGACCAAACUUUGAUCAUAAGCAAUACACAAGAGGUAAUGAGUUCGUCAGAUGCAAUUGGCCAAAUUGGCCUCCAGAAGGACUCAAACCUAUGGAUCUGAGUGAUAUCGAGCGUGAAAAUGAGGAACAAUGGGGUGAUAAGGUAUUGGGAGAUGAUCUGCCUUUCCUCUUUUACAACGCUGCAGGAGAUAGCGUGUUGGUGAUACCCGAAAUCAAGAGCAGUCAAUAA